UUGAUGUUGAACAAAGUACUCACUCCCCCACACCAAACCCUAAGGGACCAAUAAAUAAAGCAACCCCAUCACAAAAUGAGUUCCUCAACACGUUGCUUUGUUGUGGCCUUGUGUCUGGUGAUGAUUUCCUAUUCUCCCAUGGCAGCAAAGGGUGAACAAGGGUUGGCCGAACAGAUCUGCAUGGAAAGCUUCGAAGACAAGGAGGGGUGUUUGGCGCUGCUAAAGCAAGCCGAUCCUAAGAUCGUGAGUGCAAAAAGCUUCCAAGAUCUGGCAGAGGCAACCCUAGAGUGGGCUGUGAGCAAGGGAUCAGAGGGUCAAGCCUUCCUGAAGGAGUUGGCUCAGGUGGACAAUAGUCCAGCCAUAGUGCAAUGUGCGAAUUUCGAUUACGAUGGGGUGGUUGAAUCUUUCAAGAGCGCCUUAGGAGAGUUGAAAGAUGAUCCUGAAACCGCUAGCUAUGAUGCGAAAGUUGCUGGUGACGGACCUGAUUGUUGUGACAGAGGUUUGGCUUCAGCAAAUAUUAACAACCCUGCCAUUGCCGCUCUUAACCGCCAAAUACUCCUCCUCAGCAGCUUGGCCUUCAAUGCCGUCAGUAAAUGCGGUGAUUAAGUGAAUUCGCCACCAUGCUCAAGCCAAAGUGUGGGCUGUUGCUAUAUAUAUAUAUUUUUUGGUGUGGGGGAGUGCAAGUCAUUAAUCAAAUUAAACUUGUUGCUUCUACUCAA